AUGUCUCCAGGCGUGAUUCCUGGAAAGCUACGACAGUUUAGGAAGGUGCAAAGUGCCGAAGUUUAUGAGAAACCAAUUAUGGAGAAAAUCAGAGCAGAGCUUGCUGCAGUCACAAAUCAUAAUCGAUCAAUUUCAUUAUCUGACAAGGACCAUACCCCAUAUCUGAACUGGACAUUACUGGAAAUACAUCGUCUGGCAGCCAUUCUAAAUUUGAAUUUGUUCCGCAGAACCAAGGAAAGCAGAAUUGUCGGCGGACACUCCAAUCCCUGA